AUGUCGAACAGCAAUUCCACGCCCAGCGGCUCGCGCGUGGUGGUGAUCGACCAGAGCACCGACCGCUUUCCCUUUUGCGUUGUGUGGUCACCGAUCCCCGUAAUCAGAGUAAUCCACGACUUCGAAGUACCAACACGAUCGGCCGAGAUAACUUUUGUUCGACACGAUACGUGCAACUGGAUGUUGCCCCCGAUCAAGUUACUCGCUGGGAUGAAGCCGUGGCCAAAGCCUCAGAAGCCAACUCCAAGUAUGAACGCAAUCGCUCGCUACCUGCUCACCGGCGGCAUCGUCGCGGCCACCAUGCAGAUCAUCACCGGCCCCAUCGCCGACUGGAACGCGCGACGGGAAGGCGCGGAGGCUCUGAAGCUCGCCAUGCAGCCGCGCAAGACGGAGGAUGAAGAGUAA